CAGACCUAUAUAAAUCACGGUGAUGGUACCCGAUAGACCAGUUUUUCUAGAACUAUUAUAAAAGACCACUAGAUCCUGAAGAGAUCAUCAGUUUGUGGUCAGGUCGAUACAGGGGCACAACAUGAAGGCUUGUGCGUUUCUGCUUGUUAUUUGCUUGUCGGCAGCCUUAGCCGCCGAGAAACCGCUGAAGAAGUCCUCCAAAGACCAGAACAAACGUAGCAUCCUUGGAGGAGACUCAGCUUACGGAUACAACUCCCUAGGCAACGGUUUUGCCCAGUCUGGAUCAGCCAGUUUCGCAAACGCAGCUUCUGGAUCGUACGGAUUAUCCGCCGGCUUCGGUCAAUCUGGAGCAACCAGCUACAAUGCCGCUGGAGCUGGAUCUGGAUCUUUUGGACAAUCCGGAGUCUCAGAUUUGUCCAGUUUUAAUGCUGGAUCAGUUGGUUCUGGAGUAGCUUCCGGUUUUGGACAGGCAGGAGCCUCUGAUUUGUCCAGUUUCAAUACUGGAGCAGUUUCUGGAGGUGCCAGCAACUUUAGACAGUCCGGAGCUUCAGAUUUGUCCAGUUUUAAUGCUGGAGCAUCUAGUUCUGGAGUAGGUUCCAGUUUUGGACAGGCAGGAGCAGCAGAUUUGUCAAGCUUCAAUGCUGGAGCAGUUUCUGGAGGUGCUAGCAACUUCGGACAGUCAGCUGUAUCAGAUUUGUCCAGCUUCAAUGCAGGUUCUGGAGUAGCCUCCGGUUUUGGACAAUCCGGAGUCUCAGACUUGUCCAGUUUCAAUGCCGGAUCUGUUUCUGGAGCUGUCAGCGGUUUUGGACAAUCAGGAUCAUCAGACUUGUCUAGUUUCAAUGCUGGAAACGCUGUCGGUGCAGGUUUUGGAAGUCAAUCGGGAGUUUCUGAAUUUUCUGGAUCUUCCGCUGGAGUAGUAGGAGCCCCUCAAGUAUUUUCGUUCAACGGUUUAGCCUCAUCUGCAAGUCAAGCUUCCGCAGAGUCUUCCAGCUUAGUCUCAUCCUCGCACCUUUCUAAGGCUGUAGGUGUCGUUAGCGGUCAAGGCCAAGUUAUCGGUGUUGUACAGUCUCCAGCUAUAGCUUUAGUACCUUCGGUACGCGUUCACCAACCUGCCCAAAUCCAGCAACAAGUCCAAACCAAAACUGUCAGUGUUCCCGUACCACACCCCGUACCCGUGACAGUAGAAAAGCAAGUUCCUGUAACCGUACAAGUAGACCGUCCAGUUCCUGUCAUUGUAGAAAAGAAAGUACCUGUAUCAGUUGACAGGCCAGUCCCUGUACCUGUUGACAGACCUUACCCUGUUACCGUAGAAAAGAAGGUUCCUGUACCUUACUCUGUUGACCGUCCAUACCCAGUCACUGUCACCCAACAGGUCGCAGUACCUGUAGAAAGGCCAGUACCAGUACAAGUUCCAGUACCUCAACCCUACCAAGUCACCGUAGAAAAAAGAGUACCUUACACUGUAGAACGUCCAGUAUUUGUUACUGUCGAGAAGAAAGUACCCGUAGCAGUUCCUUACAACGUCCCAGUUCCAGUAGAGAAGCCUGUACCAGUACAUGUAGAAAAGAAAGUACCAUACCCUGUAUACGUUAACCGUCCGUACCCUGUAACAGUAGAGAAACAAGUGCCUGUACAAGUCAGAGUACCUUACCCAGUACACAUUGACCGUCCAUACCCUGUACCAGUUGAAAAGAAGGUGAUUCAAGUUGUUGAAAAACCAGUACCAUAUGCCGUAGAAAGGAGAGUUCCUUAUGCAGUUCACAUUGAUCGUCCCGUACCUGUAACUGUCACAAAACAAGUUCCAGUUCAUGUAGACCGCCCAUACCCUGUGACAGUAGAGAAGAAAGUUCCAGUUCCAGUUACUUACGAAAGAGUAGUAACUGUAGAGAAGCAAAUCCCUGUCGUAGUCCAACCUAAAGUUUCUGUAUACGGAUCAGCUCCAGCAUUGGCUUCUUAUGCUAGUGGAUACAACCUGUACUCUCACAACGCUCAAGCCGCAGCUGCAGCAGCUUCAAGCUCUGCCUCUUCUCUGGGUGUCGGUGCAGGUUUCGUUGGUGCCUCUCAACCAAGCUUUUACAGCGUCUCUCAGCCAUCUGUAGGUGUUUUAUCUUCUAACAACGCCAACUUAGCUUCACUGUCAAAUGCUGCUUCAUCUGUUGGUGUUUCAUCAUUGAAUAACGCUGGAUUUAGUUCAGGAUUUUCUGGUGUAUCUCAACCAAGCUUCUACAGUGCAUCUCCAUCAGUUGGUGGUGUAUCUUCCCAAUCUCUUAGCUCAGGAACUAUUCAGGUACCUUCGUAUGGAGUAGUAAACCAACAGUCAGGAUCUACUUCUGGUUAUGGGUCUUCGGUAGCUCCUUCAUUUUACUCUGGUAGCCCCUCAGCUUCAGGUUCUUUUGGAGGUGUAUACUCCGGAGCCAGCACUCCUUAUGCUGGCGGUUACUCUUCUUAUGGAGGUCUUUCUUCCAGUCCUGUAGUAAGUGGUGUUUCUUCAAGUUACGGAGGUUCAGUAACACCUUCGGUAAGUGACGCUUCCUCAGCCUUUGGUGCUAGCCAAGGUUCUUCUGCAUCGUUCCUGUCAGCGUCAUCCGCUUCAUCCUCAUCAUCAGCUUUCGGAGCUGGUGGAGUCUCAGCUCAACCUGCAACCUUGGUCAACGAAGCUAGCCUGUCGGGUCAGUCAUUGACCAGUGGCGCCCCUGUGUUCAGAUUCGACCGUUCUUCCCCUAAGAAGGAACAAAAAAAGAAGAAUUGAAUUCCUAGUCAUUAAAUUGUAAAAAGUAUUGUGUGUAACUGGACUUUUUUUUUGAAUAAAGACUUUUUC